AUGCUGCAUUACCCUCGACACCACCCCCAGUUUCCAUCCUAUCCUGCAGAAACUACCCUUUUCAACCAGAACGUCCCUGGUGAUCUCGACUUCAACCCUAUUCCUUGGCACGUUACUAUCAAAAAGCUUGCUUAUACUUGGCGGUUCAAAGCCCGUCAGUUACGUCGCAAGCGAGGCGUGGUCAGAAUCCUGACCCCGAUCAAAGCUUCAGCGGUCUCACCAGGCCGGUGUGCAUCAGCCCCCGCGACGAGUGCGAAAGCCUUUGGUUCCGAAGGUGACGCGAGUCGAAAGCGUUUUGGGACUGGUGUAUCCGCUGGCCAGUCCGCUGUGUUAUGCCAAGAGUCCAACUCCUUCAAGGACGACGUUAAUCUGAGCUUGAAGGACUUGGACUCCAACGCGAUAAUCUGUGGGUACUCACCGGAACUUCAGCAACAAUUGCGAGGACUAGACGGCUCUAUGGAGAAAGAUAAGAAGGCCCGCGCUGCGCAAAAAUCCAGCCAUAGCCAACCGAGACAGAACGCUUCCAGGGGACAGACACCUGAGCAGUUGAUUGCCCUCAAGAGGCGAGAAGGCGUUGAGGCCGUGAUGGCCGUGUUCCAGACAUGGCUGGACAAGAGGCUUGCGAUUAUAGAUUAUGCGGUGGAGAGCUCUGAGGUGUCGGGCGGGUUCGCAGGGGGAAGCAGCACUGAAGAUUCAGGUGAUGGCAAGACUGGUAGUUCUUCUGGCUCCGGCAGAGGGAAACGCCAGUUCAACGGCGAUGAUGAUACAAAUGGGUCAUCGUCAGGCGGUGACGGGAAGAGAGGUGGCGAGGACCGCGGCGGAAACAAACGUGCGAAGAAAGACGCAGAAAAGAAGCCAAUGUUCGCCUGUCCUUAUUUCCAACACGAUCCUAGGCGGCAUUGUACGCACCGUAGUUGUGUAGGCCCUGGUUGGCCAUCGAUUCACAGGCUGAAAGAGCACCUCUUCCGCCGCCAUAGGCUGCCUUCGCACAUGUGUCCGCGUUGUCGAGAGCCAAUGGAUAAUGAUGAGGCGUUGGAGGAACAUCUGAGGUCUGACAUACCAUGCACAAAGCGGGACGUAAUUCGUGUACAGGGCAUAGACGACGCCCAAGAGAAGAAACUGAAGGAAAGGAAGAAGACAUCCGCCAGUUUGACCGAAGAACAGAAGUGGAAAGAUAUCUACGUGAUUCUGUUCCCCCAGGCUAAUAAGAAUGCUCUACCCAGUCCUUACUACGAGAAUGGAGACCCAGUCUCCUAUGCGAAGUCCGCAGAGCAAUGGAAGAAGUUCAAGAAGCACAUCCAGAGAGAACUACCCUCGGCCGUACGCAAGAGGGUCGAACACCGCUUCGACGGCGUCCAAGCCGAAGUGCUCGACGGGCUGGGCGAUAUCGUGCGGGACUCGAUUUUCCACAUUUUAAAGGGCAUGCCUGGUGGAUCUGGAUCGGCACCGACAUCAGCACCAGCAUCGCCGUCGCCGGGACCUGUGUCCAGGUCCGCGACGCCGAAGGCCAGUCUCCCGAUGCCGGCGGAUGACGCCAAGGACCUCAACAUGAGCUCUUUCAUGAAUGACCCGAAUGCGCCCUUUUCAUUCUUCGGUGGCUUCGCUAUGGACGAUGACUUUGGACAGCCAUUUGACUUCAACAUCGAGUGCCAGUCCGACUCUGGAUACGCGUCUAACAGCACGGCAGCUGCACCGACCAUGUAUGGAUUUUGA